GAUCAAAAUGUCUAACGUCAAGCGAGUUUGUGAAAAUUGACAGGUGGUUUUGUGGUGGUUUGGGAUGAAAAUGUCCCGACUAAUUUAAUAACCUAAAUAUUUAACAAAUGUGGAAUAGCUUAAACAAGUGUGUUCGUUUUAUCAGGUUAUUUAUUUGAAUCAAGACAAAUAACGCUCGAUUGCGCUUGAAUUACUGAAAUGGCUAAAUUUAAAUUGAAAAAACCAUCCAAGAGGCAGCCAGCUCGCCUACGUUAUAAAAUUGAGAAAAAAGUAAGAGAUCAUAAUAGGAAGAUAAAAAAAGAAGCAAAGAAAAAUCCAAAGUCCAAGAAACCUAAAGCUGUUCAGAUACCCAAUGUGUGUCCAUUCAAAGAAGACAUAUUGAAAGAGGUUGAGGCUGUAAAGAAGCAUAAAGAAGAAGAGAAGCUGAAAAGAAGGGAACUAGCAAAGUUGGAGAAGCAAAAUAGGUUAGAAGAGAAAAAGAAGAACCCUGUUGGCAUGGAUACUUUGGUAGCAAAUGCGGAAGCCAGGGGUAAAGUUCAUGAUGCUUUUAAAAGCCCUGAAACUGAAAACGUUAAUGAAUACGGCAAGGACAGGCAGCAAGAGAAUUCACUGAAAACUUACUACAGAGAAUUCAAGAAAGUUAUAUCCGAGGCUGAAGUUGUAUUAGAGGUGGUUGAUGCGCGUGACCCUUUGGGUACAAGAUGUGUACAAGUAGAGGAGGCAGUGCGUGAAUCAGGCAAGAAGCUGGUGUUGGUCCUCAACAAGGCAGAUCUCAUCCCCCGCGACAACCUCACUGCAUGGCUCAAAUACCUGCGUCGACAAUCACCUGCCGUCCCUUUCAAAGCUUCCACACAACAGCAACAACACAAUCUGGGAAGAAGGAAAAUGAAACAUAUUGUAAAGGAAAAGGAAAUGAAAGGAUCUGCGUGUGUAGGUGCAGAGUUACUAAUGAGCCUUUUAGGCAACUAUAGUCUUAACAAAGGUAUCAAGACGUCCAUCACUGUUGGAGUGGUGGGCUUGCCAAACGUCGGCAAGAGUUCCAUCAUCAACAGCCUUAAUAGAUCCAAGGCUUGUAAUGUUGGGAGUACACCUGGAGUCACGAAACAAAUGCAAACAGUCCAAAUUGACUCCAAGAUCAAGAUCCUCGACAGUCCCGGCAUAGUGUUCCACUCGGGCUCAGACAACGACGCGACUGUCGCGCUCAAGAACGCCAUUAAAGUAGGCAGCCUUAAGGACCCGAUCGUACCCGCGACAGCCAUAUUGCAGAGAGCACACAAACACACAUUAGUGGCAUUGUAUUGUAUACCAGAAUUUAAUACGCCACAGGAAUUCUUUGCAAGUUUGGCGGCGCGUAUGGGAAGAUAUAAGAAAGGGGGUGUCCCCGACCAAGAAGCGGCAGCUAGGAUACUUCUAAACGAUUGGAACAUUGGAAAGGUGAGGUACUUCACGGUACCACCAGAGACACCAGAUUCAGAGGUGCACGUUGAAGCCAAAAUAGUAUCAACAAUGGCGCCCGAAUUCGAUAUCAACAGUUACGAGGCAAUGGAGACAGAGGUCAUCAACGCCCUCGGAGACAACACCACUGAAGAAGCAAUUAAGAUCACAAGCACAGGACCAGUGAAAGUCGUGCUCGAUGAAAUGCAAGUAGAUGAAGACGAAUCCAGCCUCCUUCCAAACACGCUCAACAUACGACCCAAGCUGGACAAAACUAACAAAUCCAGCGAGAAGACCAAAGCGGACCCCGAAAUGCUAAUAGAGGGCAACACUAAAUUGAAUAAACUAAGAAAAAUGCAGUUCAAAAGGGACAAAAAGAAAAAGGCGAGAAACGAGAAACAGGCGGUAAACCUAGCGGAUGUUCUAGAAAACGUCACGUUAUCUAGCGCCAAUAAAAGUGAUGUAUACGAUUUUAAGGAGGAUUUUAAAUAAAUACAAACUACUUGCUCCUUGAAUUUU